GCGUGACGGUGCCCGCGGCCGGCAGCGCCCGAUGCCGGUGCCAUGGCCGACCCGGCAGCAGGAGAGCCCGCGGCGCAGCCCGGCGACCUCUGCAGCGAGUGUGGCCAGUUCCACCUGCUGCCCGACAACCACCUCUACAACUUCCAGGACGAAGUGGACGACGAGCUCAUCUGCCAUAUCUGCCUGCAGCCCCUGCUGCAACCGAUGGACACGCCGUGCGGCCACACGUACUGUUUCAAGUGCCUUGAGAACUUCAUGCAGGAGUACAACUUUUGUCCCAUGGAUCGCAAAAAACUCUCUUUCCAGCAGUGCCACAAGUCCAGCCUCCUGGUGCGGAACCUGCUGGACAAGCUGCUUGUCCUGUGUCCUUUCAAGGCUGAGUGCCAGCAGACGAUGCAGCGGUGCGAGCUGGAAGCUCACCUGCAGAACAGGUGUCCGGGUUUCAAGAAAUACAGAGCUGAACUAGAGCGGAAAAAGCAUCCCUUUUCCAAAGGGAAGGAAGAUCUCCCUGCCAAGGUGGAGCCGCUCACAGCCAGGGAUCCAGAGGUGGCGGCUGGAGGGUCGGCGCUUGUAGCAGAGAGCUCUGCAGCUGCCGUGGUGUCGCUGGGGACUGCGGAGCCUGGACUGGUUAAUCCAGCUUUUGAAGAGACUGAAGAAGAUCUUCCCCAGCGAGCGAGUCUUGUGGCUGAAACCAGCACGAUUGAAAUUCACCGCGAAGACCCCGAGGAAGAUCUGGGGAUGAGGAUAGUGGGGGGUAAGGAUACGCCCCUAGGAAACAUUGUCGUCCAGGAAGUCGUGCGACAUUCCGUUGUGGCUGCAGACGGAAGAAUAGCACCAGGAGACCAUAUUCUUGAGGUGAACGGUGUCAACAUUAGCAGUGUGACUCACUGUCAAGCUGUCUCCUUCCUGCGCCACCCAGGCCCUGUUCUCCACCUCAUGGUCCUGCAGGAGAAAGGUUUUUCCAGUAAGACUGUCCAGCAGGAUUCCAAUUCUGCUCCAAACCGGGAAGUGAUCCACGUUACCUUGAUUAAGAAAGACCGAUCUGAACCCUUGGGAAUCAAACUCAUCAGGAAGACAGAUGAGGCAGGGAUCUUUAUUCUGGAUCUGUUAGAGGGAGGUUUGGCAGCCAAAAAUGGGAAGUUGAGUCGGAAUGACAGAGUGCUGUCCAUAAACGGCCAGGACCUGAGGCAAGGAACACCUGAGACUGCUGCACAGAUAAUCCAGACCAGUGAAUCUCGAGUGAACUUCGUAGUGCUGAGGCAGCCGGGUGUUCAGCUGCCCGACUCCGUUGACGACAGCAGCACAUCAAACAGCAGCAGCAGCAGCAAUGGGGGAAGCCCAGUGCACCAUCGAAGAAGACUGGACCAGAAUCACUAUAGGCGAAAAUGCACCUACCAGAAGGAUCUACCUCAGGGAUACAUAAGUCAUGAGAAGACAGUUUCAAUAAAAAAGGAACCCAAAGAAUCAUUGGGAAUAACAAUUGGAGGUGGAAGAGAUAACAAAAACAAGCUUCCAAUUUAUGUAACAAGUGUACAGCCUAUUGGAUGCCUUUUCAGGGAUGGCAGAAUCAAAAGAGGAGAUAUACUUCUGAGCAUAAAUGGCAUUGAUUUGACUCACCUGAACUACUACGAAGCUGUUUCAGCACUGAAAUCUAAUGCAGCUUCCCACUCGGUAGUACUGAAAGCCUUGGAAAUCCUUGUAUCGGACCCAACAGAUCCACCUCUGGACAUGAAGGAGCAGGGAUUCGGUUGGUCUCCCCUCUGGAUCAUGUGGCUCGGGCUGCCUAGUUACCUCCACUGCUGCCAAGAUAUUGUCCUGAGUAAAGGCAACCUGGAGAGCUGGGGGUUCAGCAUUGUUGGAGGCUUUGAAGAAAGUAAAGGCAACCAGCCGUUCUUCAUCAAAACCAUCGUGCCUGGAACUCCCGCGUUCCGAGACCGGAGGCUGAAGUGCGGAGAUGAAAUAGUGGCAGUGAAUGGAGUGCCUGCUAUAGGAAUGAGCAAUUCAGAACUGAUCCCAAUGCUGAAAGAGCAAAGAAACAAAGUCACUCUGACUGUGGUGUCCUGGCCAGGAAGCCUCGUCUGACCACCUGAAUGAAACACGCGGCAGUCCCAAGGAUCAGCUUUGGAAUCGGAUAACAUUUGUUGACUAUUGCACCAAGCUAAGUGUGACAGAUAACCCAAGGGGCUGUUGAACUCCUGCUAAAUAUGCUGUAUAUUGCCAUGGAAGACUUCAUUUUUGGAGAAAACAUUUCUAUACCGUAGUGAGGUUACCAACAAAUGUGACUUAGAGCCAAUGCCAUAGAGAAUCACAACAGUUCUGGCUUCCUGGCCUCCUCGGAGCUCUUUAGCUCUGAUAAGGAGAGUUAUUUUAUCCAGUGUUUCUCUGCAAACUGUCCAUCUUUACUUUGAAGCAUUUUCCCUGAUUGCAGAGCUCUUUCUUUUCAUUUAAUGUUCUAUACAGGUUAAAAUGGGACACUCUGCUAGUUAAUACUGUUCUUGCUACUGCUGUUUGCCUGCCUGCCAUUCUCUGACACUGGGUUAUUUUAUAAUAAUAAAAGCCAAACUGUAUGAAACAAAGGACAUGGAUCAGCUAAGCAGUCCCUAGCCCACAGUACUGAUGGCUGUUGGUAAGAACAAGUUACAGAACGUUUUUCACAUAUUAAAAAAAAAUGUAAGAGCUGUUCUGUUAGCAUUGCUAAGCUGUGCUGACUUGUGUGAAGGGGUUCCCGGAAAUGAGGAACUUGUUUAAUUUUGAUCCCCUUCCUUGGCUUAGUUUCCUCAGUUUCAUGACUAGAUAAAAACAACCCGCCCUUCACAAGGAAGGGAGAUGACAGAGUAACCAGGUUUGUUCACUUGUGAGAAACCUCUGUCCUGGGCAGCAGUCACAGAUUCUGUCCUAGACUUUUGUCAGAGCUUCCCAAUGAUCAGAUGCAGACUUAAAGCAUGGAGGAAGAGGACGCACCUCCUCUUCCUCCCUUUAUCAGUGCCUGUUGCACAGGUGUUGCCAGGUAUGUGAGACUAACAGCACCUGGGCUUGGGGUAGGCUCAGGAGGGAAGUUGGUUACCUCAUCCCCUCCAACAGCUGGAGCACCUCUAUGGAAUAAGCUACCUCCAGGAGGAUGGUGUGUCCACUCCAGCUUCAAGUGCACUGGAUAGUUAAAUAAGAAAUGAAGCCAAAGCAGGCUGACUAUGAUACCUUGCUAAUGUUCUACUGGAAAACUUGUCAGGAAGCAGUUUCUUUUCUCUGUUAAUUGGCAGUAGAAAUGACUGAGAUCCUUCUCAAAUCAGGUUGAAUUAGAAAGAUCAUUCCUAGAACACAGUUACUGCUGGAACUGUUAUGGGGUCAGCUCAGAGUACAAGAACAGGAGGAGAUUCUUUCCCCUGUUAAAACACUCCCUGGAGUGAAGGUUAAAUUCCUCUUGGGAGUGAACUGACUGUAGGUAAGUGCCCAGCAUCUGAAGCAGUGCCUUUUUUUUUUUUUUUCCAGUAGCUAUUGCAGCAGAAUAGAAAUGUUCCUUGCUAGAUAACUUAGCUGUUUACAGAUAGAGUGACUUCACUUCCUUUGGCUGUUAGCUUAAGGCAGGAUCCAGCAGGGCUGUUAUCAGACCCAGUACACAGAAAUAGCCUAGGAGCCAGUUCUCCCCAGCACUCCCCACGCGGGGCCCUGGCCCCUUUGUUUGCUUGGCAAAUGCUGCAGGGCCUCGGACAGCAGAAGAGCUUCUGGCCAGCUGGACUCCUGGGCCUUUUUUUUGUUUUUUUUUUUUUUUGUCUUGUUGUUCCUAGUGAAUAGUGAGAUGAGAGCAACGUUAAUUCAAAAGUCAGGAAGGUACCUGUGGAAAAAACUAGUCACUGACAUCAAGAAACAUAAAAACCUGAAGCAACUUUGGU